AUGAAGAGUGCAUACAGAAGUGUGAUGUUUUACAUUGGCCAAAAGGAACUGGAGAUGCAAUUCAAGAUGAACAGAAUUGUAGCUCAGUGCAGGCAGAAAUGUGAAGUAAUGCAAGAAAAGUUUACCGAAAAACUGGAGCAGGUGCAUACUGCAUACCAGAAAAUGGCGAAGAGGUGCCAGCUGAUGGAACAAGAGAUUGAGAGCUUGUCCAAAGACAAGCAAGAGCUCCAAGAAAAAUUUGCUGAGAAAUCUAGGCAAAAGAGAAAACUUGAUGAAAUGUAUGAUCAAUUGAGAAGCGAAUAUGAGUCGGUAAAACGAGCGGCCAUUCAGCCAGCAAACAACUUCUACUCAAGAACUGAGCCCGAUUUCUUCUCAAAUCCAGCUAACAUGAUGGAUAACAGAGAUCCUAUCAGAAAAGAUUGGUCGGUUCUCACUCCUAACACUCCAGGGCCUCGAGAAGAUAUUUGGCCACCAGCAAGACAGCAUAGUUCCAACUCUGGCCCAUUUGACAUCUCCAGCGGCUCACCUGCAAAACCAUCAGCAAUUCCUGUUGAUUCUGGAAACAGAAGGCCUGGUGGUCGCCCUGUUUUUGGAGCUGGAACUGGAGCAAGCAACCCCUCAAUGACUUUGAGGAAUCUCAUCCUUUCACCAAUAAAGCGGCCUCAGCUCUCUCGUAGCCGGCCUCAAAUGUUCACAUUGUAG